AUGGCUGCCAAAAGUUUUGCAGCGCGUCUCCGGCGCUCUCGGCGCUUUCUCAACGGCUUCGUGGCCGGAGCGGUGGUGGGCGCCGCGGGAGCCGGGCUCACGGCCUUGCAGUUCCUCGGGAGUCAGGGCACUGAGGCUGCGUUGGCGGCGAGGGAGCCGGACGGUUCUGCAGAAAAGGCUCUCCUGGGACAAUUUGGAUUUCCUCUAACUGGAACAGAGACUAGGUGUUACACUAACCAUGCCUUGUCUUAUGACCAGUCAAAGCGGGUGCCUAGAUGGGUUCUUGAACAUAUAUCCAAAAGCAAGAUCAUGGGUGCUGCGGACAGAAGAAAUUGCAAAUUCAAGCCGGAUCCCAACAUCCCUCCAACCUUCAGUGCCUUCAACAAGGACUACAUUGGAAGUGGGUGGUCCCGAGGCCACAUGGCUCCAGCGGGCAAUAACAAGUUUUCACCAAAAGCCAUGGCUGAAACCUUCUACCUUUCUAAUAUUGUGCCUCAGGAUUAUGAUAAUAAUGCUGGCUAUUGGAACAGAAUAGAAAUGUACUGUCGAGAACUGACAGAGAGGUUUGAAGAUGUUUGGAUUGUAUCUGGGCCGUUGACCUUACCUCAGACUGGAAGUGAUGGAAAGAAAAUAGUUAGUUACCAGGUGAUUGGUGAGGACAACGUGGCAGUCCCCUCACACCUUUAUAAGGUGAUUCUGGCUCGCAGGAGCCCAGAGUCCACCGAACCGCUGGCACUAGGGGCCUUUGUGGUGCCCAAUGAAGCCAUUGGCUUCCAACCGCAGCUCAGUGAAUUCCAAGUGAGCCUCCAGGACCUGGAGAAACUGUCGGGACUGGUGUUUUUCCCUCAUUUGGAUAGAACUAGUGAUAUCAGGAAUAUCUGCUCUGUGGACACCUGUAAGCUCCUGGACUUCCAGGCGUUCACUCUGUACCUGAGCACGAGGAAGAUUGAGGGAGCCCGAUCGGUGCCCAGGCUGGAAAAGAUCAUGGAGAACCUGAAGAGCACGGGGAUUGAGCCCGAUGAUUACUUCAUGAGCUGCUAUCAGAGGAAACUGGAAGAGCUCAAAGCUAAGGAGCAGGCAGGACUCCCGGAGGGAAAGCCGGCCUAG